AUGGAAGAAGACCGCGAGGCCUCGCUGUUAGUUCCAAAACCAACCGGAAAGCAACGACCUUUGGCUUUCAUUAGUCCGCAUUCAUCGGACCGAUUUUCAGUCGGAGAGUCGAGUAGUCUCGAAGAACUUGGAACAGUUCCCUACUUUUCGAGAGAACUAACAGAUGUCAGGGCGGCUCAGCGAGAUCGAGCGACAUUCGCAUGCAAGCUUUUUGGCGAACCAGAGGUGAUUAUCUGGCGCAAGGAUGGCCAGAUUAUGGAGCAGAGCAACGACUUCCGGCAAACCUACAACCCGGACACUGGGCUGUGCACGUUGACCAUAGCUGAAGUCUACGUCGAGGAUCAGGGCGUGAUUUCUUGUCAAGCCAUUAACCGUUUCGGCGAUGCCACCACGUCCUGCUUUUUCACCGUUGUAGGUAGGUGCUUCAGUGGUGUCAGUCGUCAUACCAAGCGAAAUUUCGAUAUUUACUCGUUGGCGUACAAGUCAUACGACACUUGCUCGUUUUUGUAG